AAGUAAAUCUCGAAAUUCAAAUUUCAAAACAACUAUUUUUAAUUCACAUUGUCUUUCAUCUUAGAUGGUUCUUUUGAAUUGACAACCACGACAAUCUUAAUAAAUUUGUUUAUAAAUACUUGAUUUUUGUGGUAUUGUAAUGGAUACCUCUGAAAGUGUUUCAAAUAAUGUUAAACAGCUAAACAAAAAUGUUGUUCAUAAAAUUUGUUCAGGCCAAGUUAUACUUGAUUUAGCAACUGCGGUCAAAGAAUUAGUUGAAAACAGCUUAGAUGGUAAAUCCACUAUUAUUGAUGUCAAAUUAACUGACUAUGGAAAAUCUUGUAUAACUGUUAUUGACAAUGGGAAAGGUAUUUUAGAGGAUGAUUUUAGCUCCAUUGGUUUAAAAUAUCAUACGUCUAAACUUCAAGAGUUUUCCCAUCUAUCAACUAUUGAAACAUUUGGAUUUAGAGGAGAAGCUUUGAGUUCUUUGUGUUCUAUUUCAGAUCUUUCAAUUAUAACAAAACAUACUAGUGCUGAGAAUGCUUUUAAUUUAAAGUUUGAUAAAAAAGGGGUCUUAGUUUCUCAGACCAAAUGUGCACGACAAACUGGAACAACAGUACACGUAAAAAAUAUAUUUAAGGACUUGCCUGUUAGGUUCAAAGAAUUCAAUGAUAAUAUAAAAAAAGAAUUUGCAAAAAUGAUUAGAGUUCUUCAAGGAUAUUGUAUGGUAUCAACAGGUGUUAAAAUAACUUGUACCAAUACCAUAUCUAAUAAAUGUAAAACUAUUGUGGGAACUAGUGCUACGAAUAAUGUACUUGAAAAUAUAUCAGCAAUUUUUGGAAGGAAGGCUAAAGAGGAUUUAAUAGAGGUAGAAUUACAAUUACCAGAAGCAGAUAUUUUACAUGAAUACGGUUUACCAGAAAACGUAGUAGUAAACUUUUCAUGGGAAUGUUUUGUUAGUAGUUGCAAUCAUAGUUCAGGACGUGCUGCAUCAGAUAGACAAUUUCUUUUUGUGAACAAUCGACCAUUCGAUAGCAUAAAAAUUAUAAAACUUAUUAAUCAAAUUUAUCACGAAUAUAAUCAAAAACAAUAUCCAUUUGUAUUUUUAAAUGUUAUGUUGGAAUCUAGCUGUGUCGACAUAAAUGUUACGCCUGAUAAAAGAACAGUUUUAUUUUCCCAGGAAAAUAUUAUUCUUGCCACAAUCAAAAGUAGUUUCACAAAAAUUUGGGAUAACGUGCAGAGAACAUUUACAAAAAAAUCAUUACUUGAUAUUCAUCCCAAUAUAAUCAAAAAAGAGUCAGAACAAAAAAUAUCUUUAGAAUCUUUUAAAAAUAAAUUCAAAGUAAAAGAAAAAUCAUAUGUGGAUAGCCAAGAUGAUUACAUGGAUCACAAAAUAUGUUCUCAAAAUUUAAAUAAUAGUAAUAUUGAGGAGGAAGAAAAAUCAUGUGAAGAUAGUCAAAAGAAUCGAAUAGACGAUCAAUUGCAUUCUCAGAAUGAAAAUGAUGCUAAUAUUCAUGAGGAAGAAAGUGACUAUAAUUUUGAAAACCGUUUAGAAAAAGUGAUGCCAAUUAGUUUGAACAAAAUCAAAUCUAAGAUGGGAACUUUGGUCGAUCAAAAAUUAAGUGAAAAAUUGACUUUCAAAACCGAAUUGAGUUCUUCGGAUCAAGAGACAAAGCUCAAUGAAAUGCUGGACAAAGAAUCAUUCUUAAAAAUGCAAAUCAUUGGACAAUUCAAUUUAGGAUUCAUUUUGGCAAGACUCAAUGAAGACAUCUACAUCAUUGAUCAGCACGCUACCGAUGAAAAAUUUCGAUUUGAAAAACUGAUCAACAAUAAUAAAGUUGAAACUCAAAGACUGAUUACUCCAAACGCCGUAUUUUUGCCCAUCAGCGAUGAAUGCGUUCUCAUAGAUAAUAAAGAAAUGUUUGAAAUGAAUGGAUUCUAUUUCAAUAUUAACGAAGAUGAAAAUCCAGGUUCGAGAGUUAGUUUAGUUGGCAUACCAUGCGUCAACAAACGUAAGCUAGGCUUUGAAGAUAUGGAAGAACUAAUUUUUUUAAUUCGAGAAAAUGGAGGUGAUUCAAUUGAUAAAAUCAUUAGACCAUCGAAAGUAAGGGCGCUGUUUGCAUCGAAAGCAUGCCGAACAGCUGUGAUGAUAGGAAAGACUCUAAAUCAAGAAGAAAUGAGAAAACUUAUUAAUCAAAUGAGCGAAACGAAAAAUCCGUGGUCAUGCCCGCACGGGAGACCCACCACUCGACUCUUAUUUUCUCUUGACUCAAAAACUAUAUGAAAUAAAUCAGCAAAUGAGCUGAUAACUGAAAAAAUAGUAUCUCUAUGCAUCGGUUGUGCGUAGGCUUUUUACGCUGAACGAGGAGUUACCCACACCGCAACUGAAAGCGAGCGCUGUUCCGAGUUGUAUUGAAAAAAGAUAUGCACUCAAGUUGCACCUACAAUAUUUUAUAGUACGAGAGCUUGUAAGUAGCGUCGAAGUGGUGGUUCCAGGUUACAGUGCUGUAAAAUCUGUUUUUAUCUUGUUCAUACUAAUUUAAAUUGAUUUCGAAACUGCUCAUCAACUUCAUUACAAGUAAUUUGAAAAAUAUAGCAAUUUUUUAAAUGAAAGUAUAUUUUUUACACUGAUUUUUUAUACGAGAUCAAAACAUGCUUGAUAAAGUUGAAAUGUCUGCAGUGCUAUUAUAAGUUAUUCUACAAUUGAACCUUUAAUACAUUGUGACUCAUGGAGCUUAAAUGCAGUUGCAGAAAGAUACGAUACAUUAAAUUAGAAUUAUGCCUUAUGAAAAGUGAUUCAAUCUAAUUAAAAUUCUUAGAAAAUUUGACUAAUAGUAGCGCUACUCACGAUACUUGUUAUACCCAUAAUGGAUCCUUCAUGAUCUUAAGUUUAACACUAGUAACCGGGCAUUAUUGAACACAUCGAAUUUUUAAAUUGAUAAAUUCGUUUUUAUCCUUAUACAAAUUAUCUACUUUUAAUUAUUUUGCUAAUUCUAUAUUUUUGUAUAGGAUUAAGUAUUUCAAUAUCAAUGGAUUGAACACCAG